AGCAGUUUUGGCCGAGGUCAGUUUUUGUCGCCAGGGGAGCACACGCGGGUGGAGCGCGCAUCGCGAUGGCGUCUGCCAAGCUCAUCGCCCUUCUCGUGGCCUCCGCCCUGGAUGCCGGCGCCGCCUUUGUCGUGCCCGGCGCCCAGUCCCUGCGCGGGGCCCCGCCCGCGCCGGCCGCCGGGGCCGCCCCGCGGGGGGAGGCCGCCUUCAGCGGCGCAACCGCCCCCAGCGGACUGCGCAUCGCCGGCGUCGUCGCGGCCACCCUGGCGGCCGCCACCGCCAUGCGUGCUCGCAGGCCGGUCGUGGGAGGCAACUGGAAGUGCAACCCGGAGAAGAUGGCGGACCUCGACGCCCUGCCCCCUCCUGGACGUCGCCAACAUCCAGGCGUGCGACACCGCCAAGUGCGACGUGUACGUGUGCCCCUCGCCCCUGCACGUGGCCUACUGCACAGGCAAGUUCACCAACGGCGCCAAGGUCACGCCGCAGAACUGCAACUUCAAGGGCUGCGGCGCGUUCACCGGCGAGACGUCCGUGGAGCAGAUGAAGGACAUGGGCAUCGAGCAGGUCCUGAUCGGCCACUCCGAGCGCCGGGGCGAGUUCGGCAUCUUCCCCAUGGACGACAACAACACGCUGGCCACCAAGCUCAAGUACAUCUUGGACGCCGGGAUGUCGUGCGUCUACUGCAUCGGUGAGCCUAAGGAGAUCCGCGAGAAGGGGCUGGACGCUGUGCUGGAGGAGAUGCACGUGCAGCUUACUCCCAUCUACGGCCUCCUCGACCCCGCCAAGGUCGUCAUCGCCUACGAGCCCGUGUGGGCCAUCGGCACCGGUCUGACGGCCACGCCCGAGGCACGC